AUGGAUACAAAAGUUCGUCGAUUAUCCUACAAUCAGGCAAAUUGCUCACCCGAGUUCUAUUCACGGGAUUUCGUCCAAACAAACACAAAGAACGCCUCGAUGAAGAUAAACGACGAGAAAAAUGGGAAACUAUUUGUGGCUGACGGUUGCUAUUUGCUGGAUCGUGAUGAUGAGGACGUCGGCGAGAAGCAAUUUCACGAAUUUCAACAAGUGCUCAAGUGGAUAGGCUUUCUUGUGGAUGUGAAAUCAUGCAACGAGCUCCCCUUUCUUCAGCGCUUAUGGCUUUGCUUUUUUCUUCUCAUAAGUAUUUAUUCUGUCAUCUUUGAUCUCUUUUUUCUCUUUUCCGACUUUCACGCAAAUCUCGCCCCAAGCACGAUGGUUGUGUCGGCGAUCACCUUUCAAUCGUCACUCUCUUUGGUCAAACUCAAAAAUAUUCUGAUUUAUCUUUAUCUUGUUUAU